AUGAGCCACGCGUCACUUCCUCCUCCCAGCUGCUGAUGCCUUCUCCACCUGGAUGGCUUUAUAACACGUCUCCCCUGCCUCAGCUCUACAUCUCACUCUUGCAGACAGCAUGCUGUUGCUUCCCUUACUCGUUGUGACUUCACUUUGGUCCCGUGGGGAUGCACAGGCUGCACCGGUGCAAAGCCCAGCAGAGCGCAGGCUGGUGGAGGGCAGCCGAGUCACCAUGAGGUGCCAGCUGAGCAGUGAAACCACUGUGCACUGGUACAGGCAGCUUCCUGGGGAGCCACCCAAGAGGAUACUGUACAUGUCUGGAUCCUCACCUACCUUCGAUGACAACAAGGACAAAUUGAAAUUUGAUGUGCAGAAAAAUCCUUCCAACAGUGCUCUGACAAUUAAGAAAGCAACCCGGAGGGAUACUGGUACUUAUCUCUGUGCAUAUUGGUAUUACCAAGGCUAUGGCGAUGAGAAAAUAUUUGGAAGUGGAACUAAGCUUAUUGUUUCAGACAAAGGAAAUUCUGGACCAGAGAAUUCUGAAAUCCUGCAGAAGGAGCACAAAAACCAACUCGUGUAUGUUUGUCUGUUUGAGAAAUUCUACCCAGAAGUUGUUCGGGUGAAAUGGAUGGAUGAAGCACAAAAGGAGGUAACACAGAACGUAGUAAAAGGAGAUGUCUGGAAGUUUCCAGGUGAGGAGAAGUACUCAGUCAGCUCCUGGUUAUCUGUACCACUGGAGGACAAAAACAAGAAAUAUUCUUGCCAUUUUGAGCAUGAAAGUGGAGAACAGUCACUGCUCACACAUGAGAUCUCUCCUCAGAAGAACUGUAGCACUGAAUCUAAAAACAGCACAGUUUUUAACAGAGAUCACUUGACGCACAAGGCAGCGCAGUUGGUGUACGUUGUUCUGCUUCUGAAGAGCUCCAUGUACUAUGUCAUCGUACUCUUCUUCUUCUUCAAGUACAGAGCAAGGAAUGCAGCUAAGCCCUCGGGAAAGAGAACGUAAAUACUGGGUUUGGAAAGGUUUAUAAGAUUGUCUUCAAUUUGCUUUGCUGUAUAAUUAUCCACAUAGGUUCUCCUGCUCUCCAUGCUAGAUACAACAACAAAAACAAUCCUAAGAGAACAGGCAUAUAGGGUUUGCUGUGCUUUACUGCUAGUGUUUUCCUAAUUUUUUCUGAGUGUUGAACUGAGGUGGAGGUGAGCAAAAAAAAUAAGUUUACAUGGGGUUUUAGAAGGAACUCUGUAAUGCAACCUCCUCCUGCUUAAAGUAUUUUUGCAUGCAUAGGAGUAGAGGUGUAAUGGAGCUUUCAAAACAUAAAACAUUGAUGCAUUUUAUCAAUGCAUUUUAGGAUCAGUUAGGAGCAUUCCACUGCUGAAAACGCAUCAAUGCUUUUUUUUAUUAUUAUUAUUAUUUUUUACUUUCAAUGAUUUAUUGCAAAAAAUAAGUCCACUAAAUCAGGACUUGAAUAUUCUGAAGCGAUAAAUGCUUUAAAAGACUCGGCAAGGCAUGAUUUUGGAAAGCAAAGAUAUUAUCUUUUAGCAAGUUUAAUGACCAUAAAAGCAAUUUUAACAUGCAUAUCUAUAGAAAUUUAAGAAAUUCACCAGGCCACAGGUAGCACUGCUGCACAAACUGAAAACUUGCGUAUGGUAUCUUCAAAGGUACAAAACGAUCGCAGUUAUCACCUUGUUUAGAGAAAUCUUUUCAAACUCAGCAAAACCUUACAGCUGGUGCUUCAAUAGAGAAAGUGUUCUCACGUCACAAGAGAACUCUCAGAUGCUGUACUUCGAACUCCUCAUCUCCAAGUUUUGCUAAUGUAGAGCUUGUACAAGUUUGGAGAGGAAUGCCUGCACCAAACCUGUGAUGAUGUAGAGCAAUAAAAGCUUCCCUUGAGAGGCGUUUGUGAGACCUCUAUUUGUUCUACAGGCUGUACCACGGUGUCUUGAAAGCUUGGUUAUUUUCCAUGUCCAUUGAAUUCCUUGGAGAAUGAAGGAUCCUUAAAACCACCCGUUUUUCUUUUAUUCUUUUCCUAUUUUUAAAUGGGGACACAGUUCUACACAGAAAAAUGAAAAUUAACCCAUUAAGUCUUAUCCAUUGAACAGCAAAGCUGGGGAGAAACAAUGGUGCUGUUACAACAGGCCUGUCUUCCACUCCUGCUCAAGAAGGGCUGCCUAGAGCAGGCAGCUCAGGACUGUGGCCAGAUGUCUUUUGAGUAUUUCCAUGGCAACCAGUAGCAAAUCUCUCAGCCUCUCUUCAUAUGAAAGAUACUCUGGCCUCUUGAUUAUCUCUCCUGGCUCUUUUCUGGGCUUUCUCCACAUGCCAUGUCUGUCUUGUACAGAUGAGCCCAGAAUUGGAGCCCUCAAAAGUACCAGAAAACCACUGCUGACACUCAAGACUCAACCAGGGACCUUUAGAUCUUCAGUCUAACUCUCUCCUAGCUGAGCUAUUUCAGCACUGCCUUAGCUUCAAUAUUUACAAAACCUGAUGGAAUGUAAUUAUCUUUCAGCUGUAUUCAGCCAAGCUUUGCAGACAUCAGCUUGAGAGUCAAAGUGAUUUCAGGGAACAAAAUAGAGACAGACUGGGCUCAAAAGAAAUGGUCCAACCAGCAGUAUGAACACAGGGUCCCUGUCAUGGGCCCUUACCUCUGUUUACAGAGUCUGUGUGUGAGCCUUUAGUAAUAGGGUGAUGGGUGAUGUCUAGAAGAGAAGCAGGGAAACAAAACUUCUGUUCUUGAAGGAGGUGUACAUCUACCUUUAGAACAGAGAAGGUAUCUGCCACAGACCAAAGGGAAAUAAAGAUACAGGGCUAGGACUCUAUAAUUUGACCUUACUGAUGAAGCAGCAGAAUGAUAACAGACAGGAACGAUGGAUGAUGAAGAGAAGGACAGUGUAAUUGUACAGUGAGAAUGGGAA